GAGAGGAUAAAGAAGGAGAAGAAGAAAAAGGAGAAGAAGGAGAAGAAGAAGGAGAAAUCUCAAAUCCGGCGUCGUUUCGUUCCACCGACCUGAUUCCCUUUUUUUUUGCCUCUCUCGCCUAUUUCGGCUCGUUGGUCGUCGGGCUGCUUUUCUAUUUUCCCCAUCUGCAUUUUCUACUGUUUGUUUCUACCGGGGGGGUCCCCCUGCAGAGGAGCGCCAUCACCCCCGCACCCCGCCUGGCGUGAGCACGCGCUUUUAUGUCGCCGCCGCGGAAUGACAAAUCCUGAGCCGCACGUCGCGCGGUUGAUGCAAGACUGACGCCUCGCUCUUCACAGCGCUCGCUCCGGACCGUCGGCAGCCCGAUUUAAGGAAGGGAGGCUCUGGCUUUCUCCCCCCCUUCCUCUCGCCAGUGUGUGUGUGUGCGUGUGUGCGUGUGCGUGCGUGUGUGUGUGUGUGUGUCACAUCGCGCAGCAUCGGCCGAGCGCGCCGCUCUCUGCAUCCGAGCACACGCCGCAGCACCGAGCCCCCCGGUCCGCGCCGCACGACAGGCGUCCCCCCCUUUGCCUCCGCUGCAGCCCCGUCUCCCGCCCGCCAGGACCGCCCGUCCGAAGUGCUGCGCCGCGCAGACGACGAAGGGACGCAAGACCGGAGGACACACGGGAGAGCGGAUUUAAAAGAGCUCGGCGAGUCGCGCAUCCUUCUCUUUUUCUUUUUUUUUUGUUUUUUUUGUUUUUUUUUAAAGCCGAGACCGACCCAAGGCUCGAAGAUGAUGGCCGGCGGAGCGGUGCAGCAAAACGGGAUUUUCUCCAACCCUCACCAUCACGGGCAGCAGCCGCACAUGGAGUCGGACCCUCCGGAUUCGCGUAAAAGACCGCUGGAGACCCCGACGGAGGCCAGCAGCACCAAACGCACAAACACAGGAGUGGCCUUCCUGCAGCCCCUAUUUGAAACUGAAGGCAUUCUAUUCCCUCACCAAGAAACUGAGACUCAUGAGGAAGGCGAGUACUUCCUGAAGGUGCUGAUCCCCAGCUACGCGGCGGGCUCCAUCAUCGGCAAGGGAGGUCAGACCAUCGUCCAGCUGCAGAAGGAGACCGGUGCCACCAUCAAGCUGUCCAAAUCCAAAGACUUCUACCCCGGAACGACAGAGCGUGUGUGUCUGAUCCAGGGGACAGUGGAGGCUCUGAACGGGGUCCACGACUUCAUCGCCGAGAAGGUGAGGGAGAUGCCACAGAGCACCCAGAAGACAGAACCGGUCAGCAUCCUGCAGCCCCAGACCACCGUCAACCCUGACCGCAUCAAACAGGCCAAGCUAAUUGUCCCGAACAGCACAGCAGGUCUGAUCAUCGGUAAAGGUGGAGCCACAGUCAAGGCGGUCAUGGAGCAGUCAGGGGCGUGGGUCCAGCUAUCCCAGAAACCCGAGGGCAUCAACCUCCAGGAGCGGGUGGUUACCAUCAGUGGGGAGCCCGAGCAAAACCGCAAGGCUGUGGAGAUCAUUGUCCAGAAGAUUCAGGAGGACCCUCAAAGCUCCUCCUGCCUCAACAUCUCCUACUCCAACAUUUCGGGGCCUGUUGCCAAUUCCAACCCCACGGGCUCCCCGUACGCCAACUCAGCCGAGGUUAUGCCAGCCGCGGCUGCUGCUGCGGCCGCCACAGCCUCCUCUCUGCUAGGCCAGGCCAGCCUUGCAGGGGUGGGGGCAUUCCCCACCACCAUGUCCAGCUUCUCGGGCAAUGACCUGCUGGCUAUCACCUCCGCGCUCAACACUCUGGCCAGCUACGGCUACAACACCAACUCCCUGGGCUUGGGGCUAAACCCUGCCGCCGCCUCAGGGGUGCUGGCUGCUGUCGCAGCCAAUGCCAACCCGGCAGCUGCCGCUGCAGCUAAUUUGUUGGCAUCCUAUGCUAGUGAUGCAUCCACCAGCGCAGCCCACCCUGCGGCUGGUCUUGGGGGUUUCUCCCUGGGAUCCCUGGCCGCAGCCACUGGGGCAACCAAUGGCUACCUUAGCGCCGCCUCACCACUGGUGGCAUCCUCUCUUUUGGCCACGGAGAAGCUAGCAGAGGGUGCUAAGGAAGUGGUGGAGAUUGCCGUGCCAGAGAACCUGGUCGGAGCCAUCCUGGGAAAGGGCGGGAAGACGCUAGUGGAGUACCAGGAGCUGACCGGUGCCAGGAUCCAGAUCUCCAAGAAAGGGGAGUUCAUUCCAGGAACCCGGAACAGGAAGGUCACCAUCACAGGUUCCCAAGCUGCCACGCAGGCCGCACAGUACCUGAUCAGCCAGCGAAUCACCUACGAGCAAGGGGUACGCGCCACCAACCCACAGAAGGUGGGCUAAAUCUGACAGCCGAUGGAAAAUGAGGAGGAAAAGAGGGGGAAAAAAGAGUGGGGGCUCGGGGGAGGAAUAUAAAAAAAAAAGCGAGUGAGUGAGAGGAGAGCAAGAAUGUCGGAAGGAAUCGUCGCGUACGCGUUUUCUUCGGCGUGUUUUCAGUAUUCUCUAUUACGAAAAAAAAUUUCUUUUUUGAUGCGAAGCAAAAAUAUGCUAAGAAGACGAGGAGGGCGAAGAGCGAGUGUCAAGCUGAGAAACCAACAAAAAAAAAAGAUGUGUAAAAUGUAAAUAAGGUUUUAUUACUUAACGUCUUGA